AUGGACCACAGCCGUUUUGGCGCCAUAUUCCGCUGCUUCUCCUUCGCCGCCUACAUGGUCGUCGACAAGCGCCGUCUAUCCAACGCCACUUACCACCAAUGCCUCGUCAACGAACCCAACCUCAUGACCCUCCUCUCUCCUCACCCUCACAUCCUCCGGAUCCUCGAGGUCCGCGAGACUGAUGACCGCCUCUCCCUCAUUCUGGAGCUCUACGAACUCGACACUCUCUACAGCCGCAUAUCGUCCCGUAUGGCCCUCCCCGAGCCUGAGGCCACCACGUACUUCGGCUCGGUGGCCUGGUCGCAUGAGGGCGGGUCUGUGGUGGUUGCCAUGGGAACCCUGUACUACGAUGCACCGGAGGUGCUGAUGGGGAGGGAGUACGACGAGGAGGUGGACGUGGACUGCCAAUACUAA